AUGGAAGGCAAAGAGUGCGGUCACUCCCUAAUGUGGCGCGACUCCUGCCGCGUCAAGAACCCGUCGUUGUGCGAUGACUCGCAAUGCACGACUGAUUACGAUGUCGACGAGGGGAUUUGUUAUAUGUGUGUUGAGCGACACCAUUAUUUGAAGGAGCAGAGGCGGAGGGAGGAGAGGGGUGAGGAGGAGGGGGAGGUUGGGGGUGAGGUGGAUGAGAGGCAGAUUGAGGUGGAGAGGAAGGGGAGUGGGGAGAGGGAGGAGGACGGUGGUGAUGAGGAUGGUGAAGAGACGGUAGAAGUUGCUAGGGAUGCGAUGAGUGUUGUUGAGCGGGAGUCGGAUGGCGAUGACAACGGACUAAGACCGAAGGGGGAAAAAUCACCAAAAGUCGAUGAUAAGACGAUGGCGAAGAAGAAACAGCUGGCGGAAAUUGAGCGAGAGAUUGAAGUUGCGAGGAUGAUGGAAGAGGAUAGAAUUAAGAUCGCAACUGCGUUGAAAGAGGCGUUGGAGAAGAAUCAGAUUUGA